GACGCGGCCGGAGGGGGCGGGGCCCAGGCGGCGAAGGUCCUUAUGCGCUGCCCGGGACACCGCGGGCACACGCUCGCUGGUGUGGUUCGGCGUUGCGUCUGAGAGGCUCUGAGGCGGCGGCCGACGGCGGAGAGCGCUAUGUUGUCCCGGGCAGCGUGCAGCGCGGGCGCGAGGCUGGCCCCGGCCCUGGGGGCUCUGGGCUGCCGGCAGAAGCACAGCCUCCCCGACCUGCCCUACGACUACGGCGCCCUGGAGCCGCACAUCAACGCCCAGAUCAUGGAGCUGCACCACAGCAAGCACCACGCGGCCUACGUGAACAACCUGAACGUCACGGAGGACAAGUACCGCGAGGCGCUGGCCAAGGGAGAUGUUACCGCUCAGGUAGCCCUUCAACCUGCACUGAAGUUCAAUGGCGGAGGUCAUAUCAAUCACACCAUUUUCUGGACAAAUUUGAGUCCUAAUGGUGGUGGAGAACCCAAAGGAGAGUUGCUGGAAGCUAUCAAACGUGACUUUGGUUCUUUUGACAAGUUUAAGGAGAAGCUGACAACUGUCUCUGCUGGUGUCCAGGGCUCAGGUUGGGGUUGGCUCGGUUUCAAUAAGGAGCAGGGACGCUUGCAGAUUGCUGCCUGUGCUAAUCAGGAUCCAUUGCAAGGAACAACAGGUCUUAUCCCACUGCUGGGGAUUGAUGUAUGGGAGCAUGCUUAUUACCUUCAGUAUAAAAAUGUCAGACCCGAUUAUCUAAAAGCUAUUUGGAAUGUAAUCAACUGGGAGAAUGUAACUGAAAGGUACAUGGCGUGCAAAAAGUAAAACAACAUCAUUAUAUUGAGUAUGUUAAACUCCUUAUGACUAUUUUUGUAGUAGAGUACUGCAGUAUACUAACAAGGCACUUGAUUACAGCAUUUAUUGAUGUUGAUGAUAUAUGAUGACAUAUGGUGAUUCAUUGAUGUUCGCAUAUUUGAUAACAAUAAUUUAGUGCUAUGAAUGAUUUCCUAUUUUAAAAUUUUGUUAUUAGGCAACUGUUUGAGAAUUAUUACUGCUCUGUAUAAUUUAAUCUUAACAUUUUGUCAGAGAGCUAAACUUACUAGUGGUUUAUAAUUGUCAUUAAAGAACAAUAAAAAAUAUUCUAUCCUGUAUUUGGGGGCUUGUGGGAAAGGCUUUGUAAAAGUGCUGUAGGUGGGCUCAUUGGGGCCUGGUUGGCACUGCCGAAAGUGGGGACCUCAGGGUGAGGCCAUGGGCAUUCUGGGGGACUCCCCAUCUCUCUGUCCUGUUGAAGGGCCUCCCCUUCCUGAGAGCUGUGCUGGCCACAAGCCACCUUCCCUAGUCAGGCAAAUGGACUUCUGCCUGGCAUCAGCACUGUGUCCCCUCAGAUGAUUUCUUUCCAAAGACGUGCUUUAUAUUUCUGUUUUCUUCUAAAGAAUGUAUAGCCACUCCAAAACCUUUAUAUCAUUUUUCAACAAAGGGAAAACUCCCCAUGAUCAGUGACAGCAUUUCAGCUCAUGUUCCAGGUAGUUCUGCGCAGGAGCACCGUGUACCUGCUGUUUACACGGCAGGCAGAUGUUCUGCUGGUAUCUGCGUGGCCAUGUCACAGGUCCCCAUCUUUCAUCAUCUUCCUCAUUAUCUUUGAUGGCUAUAUGGCUUUUAUCAAUUGGGCAUUUCUUAAUUUAUUUCAUAGUUUUAUUACUGAAUAUUUCAUUUCUUCUGUUAUUUAUUAUCCGUUUUGCUCUUGUGAGUAUCCCAAUCUCCUGUUGGGAUGUUUUCUUUAUAUGUAGGUUUUUUUCUUAACCUAUUUAGUAAUGUUUUCCCAAGGUCAUUUUUAAGCAUUUUCCCUCCAACUUAAUUUUUUUAUUUCUUUUCAUGGAAAAAUGGAGUAACUUAGCAAUUUCAAUAUUGAAGACUGAAGUUUGAAAAAAAAAAAAACCUUAAAUUCAAGAUACUUUUUCUUCAUAGUUCAGUUAGAAAAGUAUUUAGCUUUCUGAAUGUCAACAGUGUUGACUAUUGAUAAGGGUGUAUGUGUGUGCGUGCGUGGAUUGACACACUCUAGAGAUUGAUUGCUGUCCUUUAUAUCACAGGGACAUGGCUCUCAUAGAGUGCAAAUGGGGGGCAUGUGGUUACCGCCGGCCUCUAAUAGACCUUAGAGGAAAGUGGGACUUUCUGAGAGAUGGGCUUUGGAAUGCACAUCUGCUACAUCAGGGUUUAACUUGAGCUACAAAGAUUUGCAGAAUCUACUGACACAUAAAGCUUUGACUCUUAAGCUUCCAGAUUUUAAAACAAUUCAAUGUUGAAAUUUCUAUGGGGCUCUAUUUUUCUCUGGCUUUCCUGUUGAUGAGAAUGAUGUUUGUGCUUCUCCAUGCUGGAUGGAGGUUAGGAGACCAAGAGGAUCUAUGUACUCACGACUUGAAUAGCCAGCAGAAGAUGAUGCUAACACUGUUUAACUCUCUUUUCCAUAAUAGAAAAGAAAAACAAGUAAAAUUUCCAUUUUUCUUUUGAAAAGAACAAAUAUUGUUCGUGCAAGGAUUUGUGUGACCAGAUCAGCAGUGCCUGCCACAGUCUUAAUUGUGCUGGAGGGAAACAAGCAAGUGAUACAGAUAUUUUGUUUUGAAUUUGUUGCUUAAACUGUUGCGUAGUAAUUAAAUUUUAAUGUUAAGAAAUUGCUGUAUCAUGUCCCUCAAUUUCAUGGCCUUAAAAUGAGAUUUGAAUUUGUGUUGAGCACCUUUAAAAAAGUAAUAAAAAAAAUAUAAAAUGAA